AUGCCGCCAAGGAAGAAGCAAAUCCGCACAAUAUUAAAUGCCGCUGGGGAAGGCACCAGUCGAGAACCUCCAGCUGAGUUGGGACAUAGCGAGGUUCAGACACCGUUGACGAAGCUAACACAGAAAGCCGCCAAAUUUCAGUGGACUGAUGCUUGUGAGCGUAGCUUCGAGGAGCUGAAAGAUAGGUUGACUUCAGCUCCAGUCCUGACACUUCCAGAAGGAUUAGAAGGCUAUGUGGUGUAUUGUGAUGCCUCCGGUGUCAGGUUAGGGGCGUGUAUUGAUGCAGCAUGGUAUCGAAGCAGGCUAUGUGUUCCGGAUGUUGUGGGAUUACGUCGUCAGAUUCUGGAGGAAUCCCAUUACUCUCAUUAUUCCGUUCACCUAGGAGCGACAAAGAUGUACCAUGAUCUUAAACUAAUGUAUUAG